AUGGAGAAAAACUGUAAGAGUACUUUGUGGGUGUUGACAAUUUUGAUACUUGUGAGGAGCGGACAAGGCCAGUUGCUGCUGAAUUUUUACGGUCCAAGAUGUCCGAAUGUGGAGGGUAUUGUUCGUCAGGCUGUGUUAACAAAGAUAAACCAGACUUUCGUUACCAUUCCUGCCACUGUUCGCCUCUUUUUCCACGACUGCUUUGUUGAUGGGUGUGAUGCAUCUGUUCUAAUAGCGUCACCGAAUAACGACGCGGAAAAAGAUUCCCCGGACAAUCUAUCCCUAGCAGGAGAUGGAUUCGACACUGUUGUAAAGGCAAAACAAGCAGUAGAAGCUCAAUGCCCUGGGAUUGUAUCAUGUGCUGACAUUUUAGCUCUUGCUGCCAGAGAUGUUGUCCUCCUGGCAGGGGGUCCCGCAUACAACGUAGAACUGGGGAGGCGUGACGGUCUCGUUUCUCAAGCUUCUCGGGUGGCAGGAAAUUUGCCGGAUCCUCAUUUCAAUCUUGGCCAGCUCAACACAAUGUUUGCGACCCAUGGUCUGUCACAAACCGAUAUGAUUGCACUGUCAGGUUGCCACACGCUCGGGUUUUCACACUGCAACCGUUUUGCGGACCGGAUAUAUUCCAACCCGAUCGACCCGACCCUGGAUCCGAAUUACGCACAGCUGCUGAUGCAGAUGUGCCCGCGUGAUGUCGACCCGAGGAUCGCCAUUGAUAUGGAUCCAGUGACUCCACGAACAUUCGACAAUGUCUACUAUCAGAAUCUGGUUGGUGGGAAAGGCUUGUUUACUUCUGAUCAGGUGCUGUUCACCGAUCCAGCUUCUCAGCCUACUGUCCUGGGUUUUGCUCAAAACCCGGGUGAUUUUAACGGGGCGUUUAUUACAGCUAUGACUAAGCUUGGAAGAGUUGGUGUCAAAACAGGUGACCAGGGAGAAAUUAGGAGGGAUUGCUCUGCCUUCAACUCAUGAUGUUUUAAUAGUAAUAAAGGAAUUUCCAAACAAUA